UGCAAACACGCGUCUGUAAGAUAGCAACCAGCACACACUCUUUGGCUGUCAUCUGGCAUGAACACCAACCGCGAUCCCUUCAAUCUCCGACGAAAAUCUCCUGCUUCACAGCUCUUCCGCUCGACUUCCAAUAGCAGUUUGAAUAGCAACAACAGCAACAGAGACAGCAAUCCACCCCAUCACGAUCGUCACCUAUCGCCGAACUAUAGCCCCAAUGCUUCGCAGAAUCACGGCAGCUCAAUAGCGUCGUCCAGCAUGUCCGGCUACGGCAUCCCGGCUAGCGGAGGCGCUGCUGCGGCUUCACACAGCGUCGACAACUGGCAAAGUUCUGGGAGGUCACGAUUUCAGCACACCAACAACCACGACGCGCAGCAGACUCUGAGCGAGAAGGUUGGAGAUACAAUUGGUGGUAUGUUCGGUGAUGGGAGGAAGGAGAGUUUGCCCAUGUACAAAGAUAAACCGAGCAAUUUCUAUGGACCUGGCGGCAGGAAUGCGAGGCAGUGGAUGAGGAGGAAGAGGACGUUGGGUGCCGGGCUGGGAGUUCUGGCUGUGCUGAGUUGGUGGUUUGGGAUACUAAGCCCAUUGAGCUGGAUUGGUGGAGGGUCAUCAGACAAGGGUUCGGCUUCACCAGCGACACCUGUGUCCGGUGGGCAGAAACAACAGAGUGGGAGUGGAUGGGGAUUGUGGAGUGGGAAAGAAAAGGUGGAUUGGAAUGAGAGAGCGCUGAGUGUGAAAGAUGCGUUUCAAAUCAGCUGGGCAGGAUAUGAAAAGUAUGGUUGGGGCUUCGACGAAUACCAACCUGUUUCUCACAACGGCAAGCUCAUGACGCCGAAAGGCAUGGGAUGGAUCAUUGUCGAUGCGCUUGACACGAUGAUGAUUAUGAAUUUGACGACAGAAUUGGAACAUGCACGACAGUGGAUACAUUCGAAUCUAACAUAUGACCAGGACCACGAUGUGAAUACUUUUGAGACGACGAUUCGAAUGCUCGGCGGAUUGCUCAGCGCACAUUACUUGAGCACGCAGUUUGAGGGCAAGUAUGCGCCGACGACAGAUGGGCUCAGCGACGACCUGUACAUUGAGAAGGCUGUUGAUCUGGCAGAUCGACUGUUGGGAGCAUAUGAGAGCAAGUCUGGAGUUCCCUUUGCGAGUGUCAACCUGGCAAAGAUGCAGGGACUACCUUCACACGCUGACGGAGGCGCAUCAUCAACCGCGGAAGCUACCACUUUGCAAUUGGAGAUGAAGUAUUUGUCCAAGCUGACUGGCGAAACGCAUUACUGGGAGCACGCCGAGCAAGUCAUGCGAGUCGUUGACGACAAUCAAGCUGAAGACGGCUUGGUGCCCAUUUUCAUCUAUGCUGACCAAGGCACGUUUCGAAGCGAAAACAUUCGUUUAGGAAGCCGAGGCGACAGCUACUACGAGUAUCUCAUCAAGCAAUAUCUGCAGACUUCCCACCAAGAACCGGUCUAUCGAGAGAUGUGGGACGAGAGCUUGGCAGGUGUCAAGAAGCAUCUGAUCACGUACAGUUAUCCAAACAAUUACACGCUGAUCGCGGAGAGGCCAGCUGGACUGCACUCGCGCCUGGAGCCGAAAGAGGACCACCUCGUCUGUUUCAUGGGAGGCACCAUUGCGCUAGCCACGACUGGUGGCGUGUCACUUGCGCAGGCCAGGAAACAACCAGACUGGUCCGAGAAGCAUGAAGAAGAUAUGCGCCUCGCUCACGAGCUGACAAAGACUUGCAUCGGCAUGUACCAGACGAAAACAGGCCUCGCCCCCGAAAUCGCCCACUUUCACAUCCACGACCCGCCGCUCAUGUACAACGACUUCUCGCCCAAAGAGCUCCCACAAAGCCCGGCCGAGUUCAACAAAUGCCUCGAUGCGAAAUGCACCACGACCGAAGAUACCGUCGCGAAAGACUUCAUUUUCAAAGCCGCAGACGUGCACAACCUCCAACGUCCAGAGACUGUCGAAAGCUUAUUCUACAUGUGGCGCAUUACAGGCGACGAACAGUAUCGCCACUGGGGCUGGGAAAUGUUCCAAGCUUUUGUCAAACAUACUCUUGUUCCUGACGGAGAAGGCUUCUCCAGCGUCGCCAGUGUCCUGGAAAGCCAGGUGCACUUGAGAGAUAAUAUGGAAUCUUUCUGGCUGGCGGAGACGUUGAAGUACUUUUACUUACUUUUCACUGAUGAAGAGAUUCUUCCGCUGAACGAGGUUGUCUUCAAUACGGAAGCGCAUCCUUUCCCGAGAUUUGAGCUUGGUAAAUUGUUCAAGACGGGUUGGAAGAGGAAAAAGAAUCGAACAGAGCAGGAGACGAGGGAAUUGGAGCAGAAGUUGAAGAAGGGUGAUGUUUUGCAUGAUGGGGAAGAAGCGGAUGUGGUUGUUGUCAAGGUUACCAAGACGAUGGAGAGGAAAGUGGAGAAGGAGACGGCAGUUGAAGCGAGUGAGAAGAUUGGAAGGGGACAGAGAGGCAAGAUUCUGGCUGGCAAGCCGCUUGCUGGGGAUGAGAAGGCGAAGAGAGGUAGUGUGAUGGUGGACGGGUCUGAGGAGCCGAGUGAUGUAUGAUGGGUGGCAGGUGUAUGUGGGUAGUGCAUUGUACGAAUUAUUUCAUCUGAGUGGGAAAGGUUUGUGGAUCGG